AUGGAGUCACAAUCGACGAUAUCACCACCUCUAUCGCCGUCGCCCUGCUUCCUCUUGGGAUCACCUGCACCAAUGUUCACACCAUCACUGCCGACGCCACCAGCUCUGUUUCUCUCCUCCUCCACAGCGGGCAUCCCCGUCGCUGUUGGAGGUGGCCCGGGCAACCUAGGCAGCAGCGGAGGCGUAAGCAGCAGCAGCAACCUUGUCGAUAACAGCGGUGGCGUAUGUCCACCAUCGCUUAGUGACCCUUCAAGCAACAGCCAGAGGAACAGCGGCAGCAGCAUCAAUCAGAGUCAGAGUGGCAGUAACUAUGCCCCACAACAACCCCUGCUACAACAGCUACAUCAACAGCAACUACAGAGACAGCGACAACGCCUUGUACAACAAAACACAAACAUUAAUUUAAAUAAUAACAAUAGCACAACCGAGUCAACAACAUCAACAACAUCAACAACAACAACAUCUUCAUCAUCAUCGUCGAUCAAUGACCGUUCGAAUCAAAGUGCGAGUAGGCCUCCCCUGGAUUGCUCAUCGACUUCUGUGCCAUUGCCAAGCGACCCAUCAACACCAUGCUCACAGCCUAUGUCGUCAUCUGGCGAUGAGGAGCAACUGGCGUCAUCCUCGCAAACGGUGACCGUGAACAUUGGCUCACCUCCAUCACAACACCAUCAUAUUCUCUAUCGACAUGAUGAUCCGACGAGCACAGAGACUGACACCACAUCGACGACAACCACGUCCACGACUUCAACUACAACAACCUCUUCGACGAACACAUCCCUUGUCAACAACAGCAAUGCUGCUCCACUCCAACUGAAUCUCAAACGCAGGAACAGUCUGAAGCGCACACAUAUCCAGGCGGACCUGGACCAGGUGUUUCACAAUCACCAGCACAAGCAACAGCUGCAGCUCUCGGAGCAUAGCCUGCCGAACCAGUUGCUGCAGCGCGAGAUUCGCUGUCCGCGCCCCGGCACAAACUCGCUGCAGUCGCGCAAGUUCUACCUCAAUGUCGUGCCCGACAAGACCGUGUACAACAUCGAGACACCUCUGUGCACGAUAAAGAAGUUUACGAGUGAUGGCGAACGCCUGCUAUGCUUCUCCAAGGACCUCAAGGAGAUCCAUCUGUAUCGAUUCCUUGGCGCGUCGCCCAAGUACCCUGUUGGCGUCACCAAGACCCAGCGUGCCAAGAUUGACCGAACAUUCAGCACCUACUUCCGUCCAAUAUACCAGCGUGCCAUCCCACCAUUCAACGAGUUCCUUUGCAAAGACUUCUCCCUAACAACAACCUGUGGCAAAUAUUUCAUACUUGCAUCAUGUGGACAAUCGGCCAACAAUACAACGACUCCCCUUACACUGGCCGAGGAGCAGUCGACGAUUAGACAGUCGCCAGCACAUUCGAUCAAUCUUCCAAACCCCGACGAUGUGUCUUUCUAUCUGGUCCGGAUUGAAGAUGGUCAGGUGUGUGAUAGACGAACGUUCAAGAAGGACGUGAUACAUCUAGCCCAUCACUCGGGCGUCUACCUGUACCAAGACUUCUUCAUUGUGCUCAGUCUGCAGUACCAGACCAUCCACAUCUUCCAGAUCAAAGGCUCGUCAUUUGUAAAUAUCCGUCACAUUGGGCCACACUGCAACGAAGAUGAUCAGUUGGAGCUCGACACGUACCAGCAUAUCGAACAAUCAUUCAUAUCUAGAGGAGUUGGAGCUGGAGGUGGCAAACACGCCACCUCUGAUCUGUCCAAGAUCACACCAUUCGCCAAAGAUCACACGUCGAGGCGGCACAAUGUUGUAGCCCCUCCCGAACCCACGCCAGUCACAACUACGAAUACGACGACUACGACGACCGCGACUACGACAGCACCAGCAGCACCAGCAGCAACAACAGCAACAACAAUGACAACAACAACAAACAAUCAACCAAGCAAUUUAUCAUCACUUGAUUUGUCACUGGCCAAUCACUCGCUACCAAUCAGCACAGUGUGUGGCAUCAAACAACGAUUCCUAAGCUACAUGUUCAAGAAGGCGUUGAUGGCCGACGAACCAAGGAAGGCACUGAGCAUGUACUACUCACUGUUCCCACAGUAUUGCAACCUGGUGAUGUGGAAGAUGCAGUCGCUGGACGCCUCACACCUGCUGAUCAAGUACGGCCCCAUCGACGGGCUGCUCGGCCGCCUCACCGACUACUGCAACCAGAUCAGCUACUUUGUCGUCUACAAUCUGCACACGACCGAGGUGAUUGGCGUGUACGAGAACAGCAACAAGGAGUUUGCCAAGACGUUUGAGCAGUUCUGCGAGCACUUUAGGGCGUGCAGCUGUCCGUCCGGCCUCAUCAAGUUCCGCAGCACGUGUUCCAACAACAUCUACGUGCGCGAGCACCUGCUCAAGCAAAAGAUGGCCGUGAUCAAUGCGCGCUACGGCGGCGAGACGCAGGCGGUCAAGCGCAUCCUCUCGGCGCUGCCCUUCUCGCCGCAGUCCUGGAACGAGUCGCCCUACUUUGACAAGUACCUGUUCAGCUACGACGAGAAGAUCAUCUCGUCGACCGAGCGCCCCAAGCCGCUGGUGGACUAUCCGAUCAAGUUCUACUCGCGCUUCAAUGGUGAGGUCAAGUUCAAGCUGAGCACGGGCGUGCAGGACAAGAACGAGCGGCAGGCCAAGAAGUACGCCAGCUACAUCUUCCAUCCGUACUCGCAGUUUAUCAUCUCGCUGCAACACAACCCGCAGACCAACAACGUGGUGGCCAACUUCCAUUACAAAUCCGAUGAUCUCGAGCGUGAAGAAGACUUUAUCGACGACACCGCUGUGAAGGCUGGUGACAACACUUCCGCCUCUUCAUCUUCUGCCUCGACAGUAUCUUCUGCAGUUGCAGCUACCGAUGGUGCACCUCUAGUAUCACAAGUAGACGAUGACAAUAAUGGAAUUGUUAGUGGUGUGGAUGAAGAAUAA